GGGGGGACGAGCAGCUCCUGUGAACAGCCAGGAAGCAGCAGUCACCUCCCAGCAGCUCCCGGUCCGGACUGGAACCUGCUUCACUCCAACACCCCUCCGCUGCAGCUGCAAGGAGCUAGCUUAGCCUGCUAGCUUAGCAGGGCACCGUGUGUGUGUGUCUGUGUGUGUGUGUGAGUCUGUGUGUGUGUGUGUGUGUGCAGGACUGCAGCUCCAGAGCAGAACCGACCCGGACUCCACUGCUCUGAAGUCGCUGCAGAAGCCGGAAGUGUGGAUGAGCUGCUAGCAUCGCUGCUAGCAUCGCGCUAGCUGCACCGCCUCAUUGUGCCGCUCGCUGGGGGGGGAAGUGUCCGAGGAUCAGCGUCCUGCUCCGGCUGCAGAUCGUCUCUCGUCCCGGUGAAGCGACGCCGACAUGAUUCCAGACAAAGCCCCGAGAGAGGACGUGUUCCACGGGUCCGAGGAGCUGAAGAGGGACGCGCACGUCUCCAGCUUCGAGCGAUACAAGGAGCUGUACCAGAGCUCCAUCCAGCGGCCCGACGAGUUCUGGGGAGACAUCGCCAAAGAGUUCUUCUGGAAGACCACCCACUCGGGUCCGUUCCUGGAGUACAACUUCGACGUGACCAAGGGGGAGGUCUUUGUGAAGUGUAUGGGCGGAGCUACGACCAACAUCAGCUACAACCUGCUGGACCGCAAUGUGCACGAGAGGAAGCUGGGCGAGCGAGUGGCCUUCUACUGGGAAGGAAACGAGCCGGGCGAUGAGCUGACGGUGACGUACAGGCAGCUGCUGCAGAGCGUCUGCCGCUUCGCCAACGUGCUGAAGGCCCAGGGCGUGAAGAAGGGCGACCGCGUGUCCAUCUACAUGCCCAUGGUGGUGGAGCUGGUGGUGGCCAUGUUGGCCUGCGCCCGGAUCGGAGCCGUGCACUCCAUCGUGUUCGCAGGUUUCUCAGCGGAGUCUCUGUGUGAGAGGAUCAUGGACUCUCAGUGUUCACUGCUCAUCACCGCAGACGGUUUCUAUCGAGGAGACAAACUGAUCAACCUGAAGCUGCUAGCUGACGAAGCUCUGCAGAAGUGCAGAGACAAAGGAUUCCCGUUGGACAAGUGCAUCGUGCUGAGACACUUGUCCAAAGAGACGGAGGACACGUCUCAGUCUCCUCCCGCCAAACGAGCCUGUCCCGAUCUGCAGCAGGAGAAACAAACAGGGAGAAUAAAGAAAACACGUCCUGUUCCGCAGGUCCCGUGGAACCCUGAGGUCGACCUGUGUUGGCUCAGUCUGACCCGAGCAGCUUCAGACGAGUGUGAGCCCGAGUGGGUGGAGUCUGAAGAUCCUCUGUUCAUCCUGUACACCAGCGGCUCCACCGGCAAACCCAAGGGAGUUCUCCACACAGUCGCCGGCUACAUGCUCUACACUGCCACCACCUUCAAGCUGGUGUUCGACCACCAGCCCGACGACGUGUACUGGUGCACGGCCGACAUCGGCUGGAUCACCGGACACUCCUACAUCACCUACGGCCCUCUGGCCAACGGCGCCACCAGUGUGCUGUUCGAGGGUCUGCCCACCUACCCCGACGUCAGCCGCAUGUGGGAGAUCGUGGACAAAUAUCAUGUGAGCAAGUUCUACACGGCUCCCACCGCCAUCCGGCUGCUGAUGAAGUACGGCAGCGAGCCGGUGAAGAAGUUCAAGCGAGACUCCCUGAAGAUCCUGGGCACGGUGGGGGAGCCCAUCAACCCGGAGGCCUGGCACUGGUACUACAACGUGGUGGGAGAGAAGAGAUGUCCCAUCGUCGACACCUUCUGGCAAACAGAAACUGGUGGACACGUGUUGACUCCUCUUCCUGCUGCUACGCCCAUGAAGCCUGGAUCUGCUACGUUCCCGUUCUUCGGAGUGGUGCCGGCCAUCUUGAACGAGUCCGGAGAGGAGCUGGAGGGGCCGAGUGAGGGAUACCUGGUGUUCAAGCAGCCGUGGCCCGGGGUGAUGAGAACAGUGUUUGGAAACCACCAGAGGUUCGAAACCAUUUACUUCAAGAAGUUCCCAGGAUACUACGUCACCGGAGACGGUUGCCGUAGAGACAAGGACGGUUACUACUGGAUCACCGGGAGGAUCGACGACAUGCUGAACGUCUCAGGUCACCUGCUGAGCACAGCCGAGGUGGAGUCGGCGCUGGUGGAGCACGAGGCCGUGGCCGAGGCCGCCGUGGUGGGCCGACCACAUCCUGUCAAAGGAGAGAGUCUCUACUGCUUCGUGACCCUCAACGACGGACUGACCUUCAGCCGCACGCUGGAGGCAGAACUCAAACAACAAGUGAGGGAGAAGAUCGGCGCCAUCGCCACGCCGGACUUCAUCCAGAACGCCCCGGGACUCCCCAAGACCCGAUCAGGUAAGAUCAUGCGACGGGUGCUUCGCAAAAUCGCCUGUGACGAGCGCGACCUCGGGGACAUCUCCACGCUCGCCGACUCCUCGGUGGUCGAGCAGCUCUUCCAGAACAGAUGCGGCGCCGGCGUGUAACGACCUCGGGAUCCUCGCUCCGACGGCGGCUGCACGACCACGCCACAAACUGAACAAAGGACGAAGAAGAAGCAGAAAAGGAGGAGGAGGAGGAGGAAGAAGAGGAGGAGGAGGAGGAACUCUUCACUCGGUCUUGUCUUGAUAACGACCUCUAGCUCCUCCCAGCACGUGGUCAACAUGACCUCAUCGUGUGUUUCACAUCACGACAGAUUCCAGCGUCUGGAUUGAACACGAUGAUGAAACGUGUCCAGAAGCUGCGGAUGGAAACCAGAGGAGGAGCUAGAGGUCGUUUGUGGGUAAGACCGUCCUGCAGCCGGACGCCGCUGGAGGCGGAGUCUUGUUUUAACCUCGUGUUUUAGCCAAUAAUACGCAGCAAUAUGUUAACGUGUAACUGAUCAGUGAAAGCGUAGAUCCAGGGCUCCUCCCACGUGGGUGAGACGAGUUUCUAGAGCGGAAUACGACUCGUGUGAAGCUCCUCCCCCUCGCUCGACGCCGGCGUCCUGUUCCUCACACGGACGAUUUGCUUCUUUUGAAAACGCUUCAUUUUAAUUUCUAUUGUAAUUUUUUGUAUGUAGAUUUGUUUCCUCUUGUGUUUGACGGAGGAUCUUUUCUGUUUGUGCGCCGCUCGAACGUUUUCUUCUUCAGUUUUUUUUUAUGUAUUUUGAGAAUCAGGUGAAAACAGCAGAACGUGCGUCGAGCUUCAGGAGAAGAAACGCUCGCUAACUGACCCGGGAGGAAGUGACCGAUAUGAGUCCUUUAGAUUGAGCCUGAAUCAAAGGAAAGUUUGAAUAUCUAAGAUCUUUUUUAUUAAAGAAUCAUGUCCGAGGAAAAAACUGAUGAGUGUCUGUCCCCAUGAAAAACCAGAAACAUGUUUCCAUCGUUCAGCAGCUUCCUCUCGUCUGAGUUCAGUCAAACAGGAAGAAGAAAGAGAAAGGCUUCGUUAAACAUCUGAUUCAUUAAACAUCUGUUUCCAUCUGCAUGUUUUCAUGUUCAGAUCUUCAUCUUCAUUCAUUGACAAAGUGUUUCAGUCUCUUUUUAACAAAUUGUGAAGGAAAAUAAAUGAAUUGUAAAUAUCCGGGUUUUGGAUCUGAAGGAAUCUGAGGACGUCUCCAGUUCUGGAGAAUUGUUCUGAUGUGAUUUAAUAAAGUCGACGACUAAUGAAUCAAAAACAAUCCAUAGAUUAACUGAGGAAUUAAUAGAAUAAUAUUUUUGUCUGAUGUUUUGACUUCAUUUUCCUAUGAUGCAUGAAAAACACAAUCUGGUGCAUCAUGGGAAAUGUUGUCUCCAGUUCUUUGAGCUGCUCCAGUUGAUCUCGACCUUCUCACCUGAACUCCUGUUAAUCCACACGGCUCCAGAUUAUCACCAGAUUUAAUCCUUCAUCCGUCUUUGUCGAUGUGAUUCUGGUCCACGUCGUUUCCUCUGCAGACGUCUGGGUUGAGAGAAGCUGGAUUGGUUUCCAUGGUUACUUGUUCUGAUCAGUUUUGUGUUUCUGAUUGCGUCGCCAUGGUUACGGAGCAGUGGAGCUGCAGGAUGUAGAAACUCGAUUCUGUGUCUAAUGUUAAAAAGUGCAGCUGCUUGUUUGAUUCUCAUGUUUUUCUGGUGUAAUAAGUCGAGACACUUUCUGUUCAUCUUGCUUUCAUGUCUCUGUUGGUGUCGAGCAGUAAAAGGACUUGACCUCUGA